AUGACAAGAUCUUCCUCCUUUACCUCUGAGGUUCCAUGGAGUAAAUCGGUGAUUGCUGAAGCUUACGGAGCAACUAGCCAGGAGUCUUAUAAUGAGCUCUCCGGACUUGAGGACAGUAUUGCGUUCGAAAACGCAACCUUUGAGGUCCCCACGCACCAAAGUUUUCUGACCCCCCUGUGCUUACGCUCCUCACUACAGUGUCACUUGUCCUCGUACUGCGGAGUUGAGUCCCAGGGUCCAAGUCUGUUAGAGGAUGAACGCAUGGCAAGUGCCCAUCAGGCUGAGACCUUCACUAAGCAGAUACAGAGAUUACAAGCCCAGCUGCGUUCAGUGCAGGAAGAGAUAGACAGCCUGGAGGAGGAGAAGGAGAGCGAGCUGUCCGAGGCGCAGGAGGAGCUGCGGGUGGCGCAGGAGGAGGUGCUGGUGCUGCAGCAGGCAGCAGAGGAGGCGGCGGCAGAGCGGGAGAAUGACAUCGCCAGCCUGCAGGAGGAGCUGUGCCGCCUGCGCGCCGAGCUGCAGAGACUGCACACCACCAGGCAGGAGUACGAGCUGGAGAUCACCAGCCUGCGGGCCGAGAUCCGCAUGAAGAGCCAGGGCAGCGCCCAAGACAGAGAGGAGGGGGAGCCGCUGCAAGGUGAAGUGCGGAUGCUGCAGGAUGAGUGUCGGAGCCUGAAGGAAGAGUCUCAGUCUUUGAAGGAGGACAACAAACAGCUUCUGAGGAAACUGCAGCACCUGUCACAAAACAGGGAGAGCACUAAUGACCUGUAUGUAGCACUAAAGGAGGGCACUCUGAGCAGUGAAGGUGAAAAGCCUUCCACUGGAAAGAAAGAUUUAAGUGGUGGAACAGAAGAAGAGGGGUAUGAGGUUGGCAGGACCGGGAGUUACAUGACUUUAGCAGAGUCGACCUCAACCUGCAGGCUAGUAGAUGCAUCUAUUCAGAAGAAUAUAUCGUUUGAUGGAAAACCAAUGACACCAACAGGUGGCUUAAAUGGGGGAGGUUUCUCAUCAGGCUUUUCAGAACUAGCCUCUCUUCGACAACAACUGAAGCAAGCUGAAGAGAAAGCUCUUUGUGUGCAGCAUGAGUGUGCAGGGCUGCUGGGUGAACUGAGGGAGCUGCAGGGCCUUUACAGCAUCAGCCAGAAGGAAAGGGCUGAGCUGGAGAGGGAGCUUCAGAAGUGCCAAGAGGAGAUGCAGCAACUCACAGGGAAGAAUGCGAAGAACUCUCCUACCCCUGAGCCACCUGUUCUGUCCAUUCCCCUAAUAGGGAUGAUUGUUAUAGUGGCCCUACUUUGGUGCUGGUGGGCGGAGACUUCAUUCUAGAGGUGACAAGGUACCGGUAUGCUAUUUAUUUCUCUUCCAAAAGUGCAACUGGUCCAACUAAAAAGUUACUGCUGCUUGAUGAUUGUUAUUUCUAGUGUUCAAUUUAGGAAGCCCCUUAAACACAAA